AUGAGUCAGCCACCGACGGGGGGCGCUGCCCCUGCCACAGCUACAGCUUCUGCCGCCACCUCUGCCACUGAGGCUCGCCUGCACCCAGAGGGCAGCAGCAGAAAGCAGCAGCGUGCACAAUCACCUGCUAGACUAAGGGACAAUUCGGUCCGGCAGACAACUACGACCACCCGGUCCCCCGUGGGGACCGGCACUAAACUCAAUUCUGUUCGACUGCAGCAGCUGCAGCAGCAGCAAGGCAACAAGACCGGGAGCCGCUCGGUGCCUCCGGCCAGCGCCCGCGGAGGCGGAGGCGGGGCGGAGAAGGCUGCGCCCCUGGCGCCCAAAGGGGCCGUGCCGGGAGCUGUCCAUCUCGCGGCUGGUGCUGAAGCGGCCCCCGCGGCGACCCUGGCCCCGGUGGGUGGUAGGAGGCCUGGCCCGACGGAGGAGCCUCCCCGGGAGCUAGAGCCCGUGUCCGCUAAACUCGGGGAACCCCCUCCGCUAGGGGAAGGAGGAGGAGGGGGUGGGGAAGGAGGAGGAGCCGGCAGCGGCUCCGGGGAAAGGGAGGGGGGCGCUCCGCAGCCGCCGCCGCCGCCGCCCAGGGGCUGGCGAGGGAAAGGCGUACGAGCUCAGCAGAGGGGCGGCAGCGGCGGGGAGGGGGCCUCCCCUUCACCAUCCUCCUCUGCGGGCAAAACCCUAGGCCCCGGCAGCAGAAACUCCGGAAGCGGUGUUGUGGGGGGUGGCAGCGGUGGCGGAGGGAGCUACUGGAAGGAAGGAUGUCUGCAGUCUGAGCUCAUCCAGUUCCACCUCAAGAAAGAGCGGGCGGCAGCGGCGGCAGCCGCGGCUCAGAUGCACACUAAGAACGGCGGCAGCAGCACCCGCAGCUCCCCGGUCUCUGGCGCCCCUGCCAUUUGCGAGCCUCUUGCAGUCCCUUCCGUCUCCCCAAUGGCGGCGGCAGCGGAGGGCCCCCAGCAGAGCGCAGAGGGCAGCGCAACUGGAGGGGGCAUGCAGGCGGCGGCGCCUCCUUCGUCGCAGCCGCACCCGCAGCAGCUCCAGGAGCAGGAAGAAAUGCAAGAGGAAAUGGAGAAGCUCCGAGAGGAAAACGAGACUCUCAAGAACGAGAUUGAUGAGCUGAGGACCGAGAUGGACGAGAUGAGGGACACUUUCUUCGAGGAGGAUGCCUGUCAACUGCAGGAAAUGCGCCACGAGUUGGAGAGAGCCAACAAAAACUGCCGGAUCCUGCAGUACCGCCUCCGCAAAGCCGAGCGCAAAAGACUCCGCUACGCACAGACAGGGGAAAUCGACGGGGAGCUGUUGCGCAGCCUGGAGCAGGACCUCAAGGUUGCAAAGGAUGUAUCUGUGAGACUUCAUCAUGAAUUGGAAAAUGUAGAAGAAAAGCGAACCACAACAGAAGAUGAAAACGAAAAACUGAGGCAACAGCUUAUAGAAGUUGAGAUUGCAAAACAAGCUUUACAGAAUGAACUGGAAAAAAUGAAGGAGCUAUCCUUAAAAAGAAGAGGAAGCAAAGAUUUGCCAAAAUCCGAAAAAAAGACUCAACAGACUCCCACAGAGGAGGACAAUGAAGAUCUAAAAUGCCAGCUGCAGUUCGUGAAGGAAGAAGCCGCUUUGAUGAGAAAGAAGAUGGCCAAGAUUGAUAAAGAAAAGGACAGAUUCGAACACGAGCUUCAGAAGUACAGAUCCUUUUAUGGGGAUCUGGACAGUCCUCUGCCCAAAGGAGAAGCGGGGGGCCCUCCCAGCACCAGGGAGGCUGAACUCAAGCUGCGGCUGCGACUGGUGGAGGAAGAAGCCAACAUCCUGGGCAGGAAAAUCGUCGAACUGGAGGUGGAGAACAGAGGCCUGAAGGCCGAACUGGACGACCUGAGGGGGGACGACUUCAACGGCUCGGCCAACCCCCUCAUGAGGGAGCAGAGCGAAUCCCUGUCGGAGCUGCGGCAGCACCUGCAGCUGGUGGAAGACGAGACGGAGCUGCUGCGGCGGAACGUGGCCGACCUGGAGGAGCAGAACAAGCGCAUCACGGCGGAGCUCAACAAGUACAAGUACAAGUCCGGCGGCCACGAGAGCGUGCGGCACCACGACAGCGCCAAGACCGAGGCUCUGCAGGAGGAGCUGAAGGCGGCACGCCUGCAGAUCAACGAGCUCAGCGGCAAGGUCAUGCAGCUGCAGUACGAGAACCGCGUGCUUAUGUCCAACAUGCAGCGCUACGACUUGGCCUCGCACCUGGGCAUCCGCGGCAGCCCCCGCGACAGCGACGCCGAGAGCGACGCGGGCAAGAAGGAGAGCGACGACGACUCGCGGCCGCCGCACCGCAAGCGCGAAGGGCCCAUCGGCGGCGAGAGCGACUCGGAGGAGGUGCGCAACAUCCGCUGCCUGACGCCCACCCGCUCCUUCUACCCGGCGCCCGGGCCCUGGCCCAAGAGCUUCUCCGACCGGCAGCAGAUGAAGGACAUCCGCUCGGAGGCCGAGCGCCUGGGCAAGACCAUCGACCGGCUCAUCGCCGACACCAGCACCAUCAUCACCGAGGCCCGCAUCUACGUGGCCAACGGGGACCUGUUCGGACUGAUGGAUGAGGAGGACGACGGCAGCCGCAUCCGCGAGCACGAGCUGCUCUACCGCAUCAACGCGCAGAUGAAAGCCUUCCGCAAGGAGCUGCAGACCUUCAUCGACCGCCUGGAGGUGCCCAAGUCUGCGGAAGACCGCGGCGCCGAGGAGCCCAUAUCCGUGAGUCAGAUGUUCCAGCCUAUCAUUUUACUUAUUCUCAUUCUUGUAUUAUUUUCAUCACUUUCUUACACAACAAUAUUUAAACUUGUCUUCCUUUUUACACUGUUUUUUGUACUGUAAAUCUUUCAUCAUUUACCAUUCAUUGUAGUAUUUUCAGUUUGUUUAUUUUGUUCACCCUUCAAGACAAGAAGUAAAAGAAGUAUAAUUUCUGUAGUAAUCAAUGCUAUAAAAACACUGAAGACUGCUUAUUUCUUUAAAAAGACACCUCUUACCACUACCAAAUUCAAUAAGAAGCCCAAGCAUUAAAGUAUUUCAGGCUUUAUUUUAAAGGCAAGUGGGACUGCUUCAAAUAAAACAACUCCAAGCUUCCAAGAAACAGUUAAGAAGGCAGAGACAAGCAGAAAUACCCCUUCACUAACACUCACACGGUUGCCA